ACAUAGGAUGAUCACCGGUGUGGCAGCGCAGUGCCCUGAACCGAGGCACAAGGCCAACUUGUCCGAGUGCAAUCGUGGCACACAGGUGUGCCUGUCGGGCCGUUGCGAAGGCUCCAUCUGCCAAAAGUAUGGCUACGAUGACUGCCAACGCAGUAGCACUGGGUCGUCGCUCAGUCCCACGGACAUGUGCCUCGUGGAUUGCCAGCGCGCCGGCACUGAGGGGCACUGCGUGGACACCUGCAACGAGCCCGCGCUCGCGUCCCUUUGCGGACGGAAACGCGAGCGCGGAGCUGCGUGCAACCAGAACCGCGGAUACUGCGACGUGUUUCACCGCUGUCGCACCGUCGACGAAGGAGGACCGCUAGCGCGCCUCGAACAGCUGCUCGUGCCCAACAGGCUGCGUGAGUGGUUCAAGCGUUACACGUGGCUGGUCGCGUUUCUUGGCGUGCUCUUCCUGAGCGGUGUGCUCCUGUUUAUUCGUUGCUGCGCCGUGCUAACGCCCACAAAUAACCCGGGCCUCCCGAAGGCUAGAACCUUAAGGGAGAGUGUGCAACGGCCGAUGGAGAUUUUCACGGCUGCUCCGACAUAA